UCCAUCUUCCCGAACUCGGGUCUGAUGAAGGAGGUCGAGGCGAGUCCUGCGGAGACGGUUCCUCUCUGUCUCACCAAACACUCUUCAUCGGACAGCCGCGCCCAGCUGCCGUCCAGCACCGCGCUGGGACGACCGCGGAGCCCCAGCGGCUCGCCGCCAAGGUCGGACAUCAGGCGCAGCUUACACAGCGGGUCGUUGUACGUCCGGUCCAAAAUGAAGGUAACAACAGGCGAGAUGCCUCCUGAUCCCACUCCUCUUCCUCCAACUCUUCCCAGUCCGCAACCUCUACCUCCACAAGCCGCUGUGAUGCCAGCUGCCCCCAAACAAAGCCCCGCCCCCUCGGCGCCACCAUCUAUGGUGAGCCGACCAGCUGGCCAAAGUCAGAACACGCCGCCGACAACAGCAGGAGCGUUUGUGUGCCAGGUUUGCCAGAAGACUUUCCAGUUCCAGCGCAUGUUGAACAGACACAUCAAGUGCCACAGUGAUACCAAGAGACACCUCUGCACCUUCUGCAGCAAAGGCUUCAAUGACACCUUUGACCUCAAGAGACAUGUCCGCACGCACACAGGCGUCCGCCCAUACAAAUGCUCGCUGUGCGACAAGGCCUUCACCCAGCGCUGCUCCCUGGAGUCCCACAUGAGGAAGAUCCACAGCGUCACCCUGGAGUACAAGUACAAGGAGCGGCGCAACAAGCUGUACGUGUGUGAGGAGUGCGGCCACACGGCCGGCACUCAGGACGAGCUGGUCCGCCACCUCCACUCGCUGCACCCGCACAGCGCGCUGCUGAAGGGGAAGGCCGCGCGGCGGGCCGGCGGGCCGGGAGCGCCGGCCGCCGGCUCCGUCGGAGGAUCCGCUCCCAGCUCGCCCCGGGAGGCCGACAGCGACGACACCAACGGAUCGGCCGGGCAGUAGAUCGCCGGCAAAAACUCAGACAGGACGGAUGAAGGAGGGAUGAGUUUUCUCACGGACAUGUGGAGUGUUUGUUUAUAUAUUUAUACUGAUCGAAAGGGUUUGGAUUUGGGUUUGUUUUGUAAGAAAAUUGGUAAAACGUAGGAGAGUAACCUUGACUUGAAUGAGUCUGAACAUUAUGACGUCUCAACUUUCAUCCUCAGGGAUUAAUUUUUAUUUUAUCUCUCCAAGAAGAACCUCAAACCGGGUGGAACCUUUUUAGGAGACGCUCCGGAUCAGAACCUUUGAUCCAACAAUGCAGACUUUGUUCGCCUGAUUAUGUUUUGGCUCAUCUUUAUAGUUUUGUAUGAGAUUGUGCCACCAGUGGGGUUCUCUGUGCAACAGAAGAGAUUAAUUUUUCUAAUGGAAAACACUUUAUUGUUAUUAUUAUUAUUAUUAAAGCAAGUAAUAUAUUACAUAA